CUCAUACCUCGGCUUGUUAUCAAGACUUCGCCUCCGGUUAAUUCGGUAUACGAAGUCACAACGCUUGUCCACACGGCUGUGUUAUGAAGCUGCUUAGACAAAACGAACAAGUGUCGAGAAUCCAGAUAAUUGCCAGAGCUAGGUGGUCAUUCAAACUUCUGCGUGGAUAUGCAAGAAUAGUCACUGGAGUAAGACUUUCCAAAACAUCGAGCAUAGGAUGGUGUAUGGUUCCCAAGAAAUGGAUUAACAACCCAGAAGUCUGGAGUGUUAUUAAGCUUACCUUUGGCCCAUGAACAACAAGAGAUGGAACCUGCAAGAAUUGUUUGGGCAUGUAUUGCGACGCGGUAACAAGUCUUUCUUCAAAAUUUGGCUGCGUGAUCGAGGAGAAACGAUCGAAC